GCCAUCAUUGCCCACUGUGAUCCUCAAAGGAGCUCUUCCUCGUCCCAAGUCCCAACUCGGGCCUGAAUAAGUGGCCAAUCAACUAUGGUCCCCUUGUUGGCAAAACAAAGACCACAUACCGCCCAAUUUCAUCCUUCCGGGCGCAAUUGAGCCCGUUUCGUUGGGUGUUGCGACGGGGUUGCUGCGCCGUGUCAGUUCCAACUUUCACGCUUCGCCGAGUCGUUGCUGCCGUCCUACCCGCCGCCGUUAUUAUGACUCCAUACUCGGACGACCCGUCCGUCUCCUCUCCUAGACACAACAUGAGCCGCAGCAGAAGCCAGAGCCGGACGAGGAUGUCUCAAGAGUCAGAGUCCUCCGUGUCCACCACGAGCAUAGUCUUUGAUCGCAUCGACGAGCGCGUCAAGGAAGCCGAACUCGAGAAAGAGAACGACGAUGUGCUCAAAGAUGAUCCGAACAGCGACGAUCUCGAGACUGGCCCAUUCCUCGGCAAUGGCGACCGCUCCGACGAGCAGUCAAAGAGCCGGGGUAUGGAUCGGGGGAUGCGCAAAGCCCUUCUCAUCGCCGCGGGCCUGUUGAUCGCGGCAUGGCUCAGCGGUCUUCUCGUCUACCUCUUCACCAAGUCCUACAAGCACGCCUCCGAAGUCGCCCACGACCCACAAGCAACCGUCCAUCGAGGCUCCGGGAAACAAGUAACGUUCGACCAGAUCCAGGGGGGCUUCUGGCGUCCGGAAAGCCACUCCAUACGCUGGGUCGCCGGUCCCAACGGCGAGGACGGUCUGCUGCUGGAGCAGGGCGCUGCGGGUAAGGAUUUCCUCGUUGUGCAGGAUGUCCGCAUGCGCAAGCAGGACCUUAUGGUCGGCACCCGAGUGUUCAGCGGUAUGACCUUGAUCGAGGAGGGAAGCUUUGAAUAUGAGGGACAGUCCUACACCAUUGUCGAGGGAGGGCCCAGUAAGGACUUGCAAAAAGUAUUGCUAGCCACCAAUGUCAAGUCCAACUGGCGCCACUCCACGUAUGCUUCCUACUGGAUAUUCGAUGUCAAGACGCAGGUUGCCGAGCCGUUGGUCCCUGGCGAGCCCGGGGCCCGCCUUCAGCUUGCCCAGUGGAGCCCAACGAGCGAUGCCGUUGUUUUCACUAGGGACAACAACAUGUACUUGCGUCGCGUCGACUCAACCCGCCUCGUCCAGAUUACCUCGGAUGGCGGCCCGGAGGUGUUCAAUGGCGUUCCUGACUGGGUCUACGAGGAGGAGGUGCUUGCCAGCGGCACAGCAACGUGGUGGUCCAAGGACGGUAACUACAUUGCUUUCCUCCGGACCAACGAGACGGGCGUCCCAGAGUUUCCUGUUCCAUACUUCAUUUCCAGGCCGAGCGGCAAGGAGCCUAAGCCGGGCGAGGAGGCGUACCCCGAGACGCGGAUGAUCAAGUACCCGAAGGCCGGCGCUCACAAUCCCGUCGUCGAUCUGAAGUUUUACGACGUGGCCCGUGGUGAUGUCUUUUCGGUGGAUAUCGCCGGUCAUUUUGAAGACGAUAAUCGCCUCAUCACCGAGGUCAUAUGGGCGGGCGACAAAGUCAUUGUCAAGGAAACCAACAGGGUCAGUGACAUGAUGCGCGUCGUCCUUGUUGAUGUGAAGUCGCGCACUGGCAAGGCCGUCAGGACCACGGAUGUCAAGGCUCUCGAUGGCGGCUGGUUCGAGAUUUCGCACCAGACAAGAUACAUCCCAGCCGACCCCUCCAAGGGCCGCGAGCACGAUGGUUACAUCGACUCGGUAAUCCACGACGACGGCGACCACCUGGCCUACUUUACUCCUUUGGAUAAUCCCGACCCGAUCAUGCUUACCUCUGGCAACUGGGAGGUCGUUGAUUCGCAACAUGCUGUGGACCUGGAUAAGAACGUUGUCUAUUUCAUUGCCACGAAGGAGUCGUCAAUCCAGCGCCACGUCUACCAGGUUAAGCUCACAGGAGAAGACUUGAAGCCGGUCACUGACACUACAUCCGAAGGCUACUACUCGGCAUCGUUCUCCACGGGGGCCGGGUACGCCCUCGUUUCGUACGAAGGCCCGGGGAUCCCCUGGCAAAAGCUCAUCAGCACCCCAACUAAUCCUCACCGGUUUGAGUACACUGUGGAGGAGAACAAGGAGCUUGCCGAAAAUGCCAGGAAAUACGAGCUGCCCAUCAAGAUUUACGGAACGAUCAACGUCGACGGGGUAGAACUCAACUACGUCGAGAGACGACCGCCACAUUUUGACGAGAACAAAAAGUACCCUGUUCUCUUCCAACAGUAUAGCGGGCCGGGCUCCCAAACGGUGGACAAGAAGUUCACUGUGGACUUCCAAUCGUACGUUGCCGCCGGGCUUGGAUACAUUUGCGUGACGGUUGAUGGCCGCGGAACCGGGUACAUCGGCCGCAAAAACCGUGUAAUCAUCCGUGGCAAUCUGGGUCACUGGGAGUCGCACGACCAGAUUGCGGCGGCAAAGAUAUGGGCAAAGAAGAAAUACGUCGACGAGACGCGGCUCGCCAUCUGGGGCUGGAGUUUCGGAGGCUUCAACACGCUCAAAACGCUUGAGCAAGACGCUGGGCAGACGUUCCGCUACGGCAUGGCCGUUGCCCCGGUCACCGACUGGCGGUUCUAUGACAGCAUCUACACUGAGCGGUACAUGCUCACGCCACAGAUGAACGGACACGGCUACGACACGAGCGCCAUCACCAACAUCUCGGCCCUGUCACAGAACGUCCGCUGGCUCAUGAUGCACGGCGUGGCCGACGACAAUGUUCAUUUCCAGAACUCGCUGACGCUGCUGGACCAGCUGGACAUGAAUGGCGUCGAGAACUACGACGUCCACGUGUUCCCCGACAGCGACCACAGCAUCUACUUUCAUAAUGCGAACCGGAUUGUCUAUGAUAAACUGGCCAACUGGCUCAUCAAUGCGUUCAACGGCGAAUGGAUCAAGGUUGCAAACGCAAAGCCAAGCGGAAAGAAGAAGCGGCAGCCCGUCGCGUCAGAUUCUCGGUAGCGGAGGGACCUUUUUGACUUGUAAAUAUUCACCUGGGUCUGGGCGUUUGGAUUCAAUCUGAGCAUUGGUGACGGCGUUUGGGUGUUUGGCAUAAGGAAUUACAUAUUCGUCUUCAAAGUGUGUAUGUAUGGGUAUAUGAUAUAGUAUCUUGCAAACAAAAAUGCAGAACGAGCUUAUAACCCCCUGAAACA